AUGGGCAAAUUUAGCCUGAGGUCCCUAUGGACAUUUGGAGCAAUAGCGCUAAAAUAUAUUAUAUCUGUCGAUGCGCUUGUUUGUGAUUUCAGCUGGCCUAAUGGAUUGCUCAGAACAAAUUCUGUAGUCACGUGUGACAUGGAUAUCGGAUUAUUAGGCUCUGCCUCUGUAAUAUGCCCAGGCCGAGUCAACGGUACCGAGUAUAUCUUGCACCCUCAACCUAAUGCAUAUGAACGUGCACAUAUCAAUGUAUACGUGAGUGAAAACAGCAAACUUCGUUCCGCUGCUAUUAGGGAUGUCAUACGCAGCGAAUCCGGGAAUGAGCUUAUCUGGAUAGAAUCCACUCUCUCGCAGAACAUUAUGCAGUUACAUAUACCAACGCAUGAACUGUUUGCCAUUGCCGAACGCCGUCUGAUAUUCAUCUGUGGUCCUAGAGAUUUGGUUCUUAAUGAUACCUUGCAGAGUCACCUUGACAGUCUCAGUGGUUUUGGUCAAAUGCAAGCACUUCCUUGGACAUCUAAUACACCUUUGGCUCAUGAAAUGUCGAAGAUAGGGCAUGGAAUUGGGAUCUUUUUCUUAUACAGCGGAAGCACGCAUCUACCACUUCAAGGCUGCGGUAGUCGCCCCUCAACGCUUUUUGCACCGGACAACGUGGUCACUGUACACCCUGUAACCGGGGUCCGUUCAUGUGUGGCGGAUCCAAUGUCGAAGUCGCGUAUCGGAUUUCUUUGCGAAGGUCGCCUUGAACCUGAGGAUUGUAUGAAAUCGUUAUUGGAAAAGGACGGUGACGUUAUCACCGCUCCUCGACCAUAUUCAUAUCUGAACUUCAGCAGCCAUAGACCUUGGGUGGUAGCACGGUAUUUUAAUGACUUGGCACUGCCGCCCAUCAAUGGCGAAUGCAGAUGCAUAGACCCCGAAACAGGUCACUUAAGGGCCAGAAUAGAGAUCCGUUCUAAAGACGAAUACGUUUGUGACAUCGCCAGCAUUAUCCGUCGCAACCGUUUGCGCAACAUUCGUUAUCCUCGGUGUUCGGUAGUUCUUUAUCCCGGCAGCACAUUGACUAUAAGGUUCCCAAUAAAGGCUGUCGACUCGGCUUCUACCGACGAUCGCUCCAACCAUGGAUUAUUCUCGCAAAGGGUGCCUAACCACACGUUCGAAGCUGAAUUGUUGCCAAAAGACUUGAUUACGCUGCGACAACUGAGUACACCUUACGAUAAUGAUGCUUACGACGAAGUGUUGUACCACAGAGCCCUCGUUGGCGAUGCCCUCGAGUUGGAUGUUUCACAAAUGGCCCGAGGGGAAGUCAAACUGAAAUACCAUGUGGACAAACCUCUUGCAUUACGAGAUGGUCUAAAUUCAUUCUUUUUUCAUUGGGAGCUGUCGUCUAAAAACAAAUAUGUCCCUAGCCGUGCUCGGGCCACCGUGAAUGUUUCUUUUGCGUUCACGCAUCACUACAAUAUCAUUGGUUGCAACCUAGAGACACCAAGUGUUUUCGAUCCACAUAUGAGCAAGAAUUGUUCAACCAAAAUUAUGGGAAAUAAUAUAUGGAAUACUUACGAAUGCAGAUAUGAUAUGAUGAGGGACGUUCGGGAGGUUGGUAUUUAUUGCAGACCAGGCGAGGAGUUGUUACCAAAUAAUUGUGAGUCCACAGGCUAUGAUCUCGACUCCAAUAUCAUUAUCCCAAUGCCAGUAUCUGCCCGCAAUGCGACGCCAUACCCCAUCUCAGGAUUUCGGGUGUUCGACAUGGGCUUCCAUAAUAGCCAUCUCUGUUUUGCCUGCAUCUGUGUCGACCAAAGUGGGUACGAAAGGUCCAAGUUAAUAUUGGAGUAUAAUCAUCACGAAACGUAUCGUUACGCAUUACGCCGCGAAGAGUCCUCUCAUAAGUCUCUUCCUUACAGAUUAUUGCGAUGGAAGGAAGUGGCACAACCAAUCGAAGGAUUCACCUCUCCAAAAUCCCUUAUGCUAUACAACGUAACUUCACAUUCGAUUGAACUACACAUAGGUACAACAUUGUUCAUGUAUUGUGAAAUCGAGACUGAGGGCACUACCUUUGACCAGAUGGAAAAUGCUGCAGAAAAUAAGUAUAUUGCAGGUACAUGGCUGCCAAAGCAACCUAAUAUAUCCCAUUAUUACUUACAUCUAACUCCGGAUGGACCUGAGCUCAUUAGGAGAUCACAUAAAGAUAACAUCAUCGGUACGCCGGGCGGUUUUCAAGUUGUUUACGAUAACUCCUACACAGCAGGAUACCACCGCUUGAUGAUUGUGUCUCGUAGAGGCGCUAUUCUGAUAUCUAAGGACACAGACAAUACGGAAUAUGUGCCCGUGAUUUUUGUCUGUGGUAAGGCACCUAAACCGUCGGAUUUGUUCAUCGUAGCGGGCAACGCAUCUACAUUAAAUUUGUCUUCACAGCCAACUCCCCAUAUAGUAGGAUCAUCGGAAAGAUACAAUUGGCACGUUGUUGAACUUGCAGUCCACACUACUGACCCGUACAUGCAGGGCUGCGGCGUCACAUACGCAUCAGAUGAGUUGUUCAAACCGGAGACGCCCCCACUCUACGACGGUGAUGGGAAGUCGCAGUUUGGCUGCAAGAUUGAUCUUCAGGCUGCCAAGGAAGCUGCGUUCUACUGCCCGGCGCCGUAUGUCCUGGACCCACCCAACUGCUUCAGCCAGGUCUCCGUGGACGGUGAAGUAAGGAACCUAAGCGACCUCAGCAAGCCGCUGGUCGCAUCGAGAUCCAACCACUUCGUCAUACUGAGCUUCGACAGCUCACUCGUAGGGCCCGGGGAGACGCUGCACCAGACGCCGCCGUUGGAGUGCCGCUGCCUCACCAUCAAGGGUGUCGUGCUCUCCACCAUACAGAUUGAGAAUUACUAUGCCAAGGAAUGA